AUGGAGAGAUCUCUGCAACUGGCCAAUCAGUCCACGGACCAGGAUUUUAUCCUGCUGGGUCUGUCUGCCAGGAAAGACAUCGGGGAUGGUUUGUUUGUUAUUUUUCUGGCCCUCUACCUGCUGAUCCUCUUAGAGAAUAUGCUAGCCAUCUACCUCAUCUGCAGUCACAGCGAGCUCCACAAGCCCAUGUACUUCUUCCUGGGCCACCUCAGCUGCCUGGAGAUGUGCUAUGUGUCUGUCACCAUGCCCAGCUUGCUCAUAGGCCUGAGGUCCAGCCCCUGCCACAUGUCUUUCACAUCCUGCAUGGCUCAAUUGUUUUUAUUCAUUUCUUUCAUUGGUACCAAGUGCACCCUGCUGGCCUCCAUGGCCUACGACCGCUACGUAGCCAUCUGCCAUCCGCUGCACUACCCACUGCUCAUGAGGCCUCAGGUCUGCUGGGGAUUGACUUCAUCCUCCUGGGUGGGUGGACUGGUGGUCUCUGUGAUCAAGACCGCAUGCAUUGCGAGUCUGUCCUACUGUGGCCCAAAUGUCCUCAACCACUUCUUCUGUGAUGCGCCUCCUCUUCUCAACCUGUCCUGCACCCACGUGGUUCUCAUAGAGCUGGUCGACUUCAUCUCAGCCAUCCUCAUCUUCUGUGGGUCAUUGCUAGUUGCUCUGGCCUCUUAUGUGGCCAUCAGCAGGGUGCUGAUCCAAAUGCCUUCAGCUGCUGCCAGCCACAGAGCCCUCUCCACCUGUGCCUCCCACCUCCUUGUGAUGGGCAUCUUCUACUCUGUGGUCCUCUUUAUGUAUUCCAGGCCCAGACACAUCAGAUCCACAGACUUCAACAAGGUACUGUCAGUCAUCUACACAGUGGCCACUCCCCUGUGUAGCCCAAUCAUCUACUGCUUGCGGAACAGGGAGGUCCAGGCAGUGCUGAAGAAAACCCUCCGUCUGUGCUGA